CUGAGGCGGCAUAUGCAGAAGCAGCAGUUCUCAGGAGGUCAGUUUGGUGAACAGCAAGACUUAACAGACAUCUGGUUAAUGAAUCCGGCUUUAAGAGAAAUGUGAAAGAUUUGACAAUGGGAUUCACAACAUUGCACAUGCUCUGGCUUCUGACUGCAUUUGCUUUUACAACACAAGCAGAGUUGGUGAAACUAAGGGUUAGUCCCAAGAUUACCGCAAAGUGUGGCGAGCAAGUUACCCUCAACUGCAACACAUCGUCGGUUCAUCAUGGAAUGUCAAUCAAACUUAUGCAGUGGUUCAAAGAGGAAACACUUUUGUGUUCUGUGGACAGUAAAGGGAACAUUACUGCACUGCACAGAGCAUCUCUGAGUAACUUUACCUGUGAAUAUGAAGAUGGACGGCUGUCGCUAAUCUUCAAAAAGAUGCUGCCUCCAGAGAGCGGAAAAAAAUACACGUGUAAGCAACGCUCCAACAGAGGAGCACUCAAUGAAUCUACUAAACUGGAGUUACAAGAGUGUGGUCGGAUUGCUGAGGGUAAAUUAACGACCAUGGGACCUGCGUGCACCUUCAAGCAUGUCUACCCAGACGGAAAUGUCCACUGGUUCCACGGCUCCCGCAACCUCUCAGAUGGAUCUCUGAAACAGUACACCGGUAAAAGUGUGGACGAAGAAGGCUGGCUGACUAUCCACAGUUACCUGGAGUGGAACAGUUCACACGGGCCUUACAAAUGCUCCUUGAAGAGCACCGUGUCUGACAGAUACAUUGCAAGUAUGUUGAUACAGAAUCCUGAAUCCCAGAAGAGCAGUAGAGCAACACACUCCAACGGCAACAGAGUUACAGCCUGGGAAAGUACGCGGACAAUUUUUUGCCUUUUAAUCUUACUUCCAGUUAUAUUUAAAUAAUGGAAUUCCCACAUCAUGGUGUCACCAGACAUGGGGGACAUGGGGAGGCAUGAAUCAAUGAUUAACACUGAUUAGGAGCAACAAGGUACUGAGACUUAUGGAUUUUUUGUCAAAACCAGGGCGUCGGGAAUCAGUUUAAGUGAGUCAUCUUGCAUAAUCCAAAGGCUUAUCUUUCUUUCUUUGUGCUAUUGGCUGACAUGAACAAGAAAAUUACACACCACAGAGAGGUGAUAAGAAGACAGCCAGUAAUCAUAACAGUAUAAAAUGUGUUGUUGUUUGGCUUCAAUAGAGGCUAGGAGAGAAUGCACAGUGGUUUCACUGAUCUUUGUAAGAACACAAGGAGAUGUAUAAAUGGAAACACUCUCAGAGAAAAUGCACCUUCUUAUAAUUGAUAGUGAUUAAAAAGUCUGUACUGGUUCAGUUUAAUCGGCAGCUAUAAACCUUUUCAUGGAUGUUUUUUUUUUCUCAAACAUGUCCAGCACUGUCAUCUGUGUAUAGGUUCUCUAUGAAUGAAGACCAUAAAAGGCUCUUUGUUAGAUUUAUUUCAGAAAUACAGAACUGUCAUGUAGCAAAACCCCUUUUCUUUCAGUCAAGCAAUAAAUCUGUCUAGAGUUUGUGGACGGAUGCUGCCCUCUGGUGAUAUGUGCUGCUAACUAGAAGUAGCUGCUUUAGGAACCAUUUGGGAGCAAUAUGUUUUCAUUCAAUGGGUUGAUUUACCACACUUUGCACCAGCCUGGUAAAUAUAGGCAAUUUAGUUCAGAAUCCUUAAUUCCAGGUCAGAGCUGAUUGCUAGAAAGUAAAUCAAACAUCAAAAUAGUUACAUCACAGGAAGCACAGGAGAAAAUGUUGUGUAUUUUAAUUUCACUUGCUGUCAGACUUAAACAAUGGAAAUGGCAAAAAAAAAAAAAAAUGCACGACAUGUACUGUAAUCAGACACGGAGGUGAAGCAAUGAAGUUUUGAGAUUCAUGGGGUUUGUUUGUUAGUUUGCUUGUUUGUUUGUUUGUUUGUUUGUUUUGGGGGAAGUGCCAGAAACACCAAUCUCAUUUGAAAACAAAGCAGCUGAUAGUCGCUGAUUGCAUACAUUUCCAUCAUUAUGGUUUGAUAGUCAGGGAUUCAUGCAAGUGGAAACAAUGUCAAAGGAAGUGAACAUGGCUAGAAAAGCAAAACAUUCAAGUCCAUCUGGUUCAGUUUCAUCUUGAGCUAUAAACCUUCAAUACACACUUUCUUUUCAGCAGUAUGUUUACAUUCUAAACAGAGUGAUGAAAAUAUCUCUUGAAGUGUGUGUGAGGUCCGUCUCUGGAGCACUGCUGUAUGUGUGUAGCUUUUCAGUCCCAUGAAAAUAAAAAUCUUGGACACAA